AUCGUCCAACAAUCUGAGUUUUGAAUUCACAUACCUGCCUUCUAUGGAAGACUUUGUGUCAUUUUCUCUUGCAACCUCUCCGUUGUUCUUUCUUCUCCUCUAUGGAAUUGCUAGAGUUUCUUACUCCAUUUGGUGGAGACCCAAGUGGCUAGAGAGGAGUUUGAGGCGCCAGGGAAUUAGAGGCACAGCUUACAGACUUGUGGUAGGAGACAUGAAAGAGUUUGUGAAGCAGAUUACUGAAGCAUGGUCCAUGCCUAUGCCAUUGAAUCACCAGAUUGUUCCUCGAGUUGACCCGUUCACCCUAAACAAUGUGCAGAAAUAUGGAAAAAUUUCAAUGUGUUGGAUUGGGAAAUCGCCGAGGCUGGUCAUCAAGGAUCCAGAACUGAUGAAAGAGGUGCUGUCUAACAAGUUAGGUAACUUUCAGAAGCCACCCCUGAAUCCUCUGAUUCUCAUUCUUUCUAGAGGGUUAGCAUCUCUAGAGGGUGAGAAGUGGGCCAACAGGAGAAUGAUGAUCAACCCAGCUUUCCAUUUGGAGAAACUGAAGGUUCAAUUCUGGCAUCCUCAGUCUGCUUCAUUACAAUUCUUUUCACUAGGGAUGAUACCAGUAUUUGCGACUAGUUGUUGCCAGAUGAUAGAACAAUGGAAGAACAUGGCUGGCCUUCAGGAAAAUUUUGAAAUAGAUGUCUGGCCUGAACUCCAAAAGCUUACUGCAGAUGUUAUUUCUCGAGCAGCAUUUGGAAGCAGCUAUGAAGAAGGAAAGAAGAUCUUUGAACUUCAAAAGGAGCUGAUAAAAUUAACUAUUGAAGCCAUGCAGUCGGUUUACAUUCCUGGUUUCAGAUUCGUUCCUACAAAAGAGAAUCUGAGGAGAAAGACAUUGAACAAGGAGAUUACUGGAAUGCUGAGAAAUGUAAUCCAGAGAAAAGAGCAUGCAAUGGAAACAAGACAAUCCAAGGAUGAUGACUUGCUAGGCAUGCUCUUGCAAUAUAGUCAUCAAAAUGAUUCAGUGGAACAUGCGAAUGGUAAGGAAAACAGAGGAAUGACAAUUGAAGAUGUUCUAGAGGAAUGCAAGCAGUUCUACAUUGCUGGCCAAGAGACAACCUCAAGCUUGCUCACAUGGACAAUAAUAGUCUUAGCUAUGCACCCAGAUUGGCAACAGAAGGCAAGGGAGGAAGUCCUACAAGUUUGUCAGAAGAAAGAACCUGAUUUUGAAGCCAUAAGCCGCCUUAAAAUCGUAACCAUGGUGCUUUAUGAGGUUCUGAGGUUGUAUCCUCCAGUCAUAGCUCAAUACCAACAUUGUUACAAGAAAACAAGGAUAGGAGAAAUCUGUAUUCCAGCUGGGGUUGAUAUAAUACUGCCUACGCUGCUCAUUCAUCAUGAUCCUGAACUAUGGGGCGAUGAUGCUAAAGAAUUCAAACCAGAGAGAUUUUCUGAAGGAGUUUUUAAAGCUUCCAAAGAUCAACCAGCAUUCUUCCCUUUUAGUCGGGGCCCAAGGACCUGCAUUGGCCAAAACUUUGCCAUGCUAGAAGCUAAGGUCGCUUUGGCCGUGAUUCUGCAGCAUUUCUCAUUUGAGCUCUCACCUUCUUACUCCCAUGCUCCUUACACUGUCAUGACUCUUCAACCACAACAUGGAGCACAGAUAAAGUUAUACCAGAUUUAAGUAGUAAGCCAGCCCAAAGUUGGGAUGUUUGCAUUUCAGAAAUAAAGAAGAGUAACCUCGAGUGUAUGAAUAAUAUGUGGGUGCUUUUACCUUAUAGUUGUCGAAGGAAUGCAGUUCUCUUACUACUUUAGUAGUAGUCAGUUAUAUUUCAUCAAAUCCCACAAAUAAGAAUCACCUGUCCCUCACAUAAUCGUUGUAAUGAUUAAAGAAUUCUGUCCUAA